UGGUAAAUCUUCUGUCCAAGCAAAAAGGCUGCAAUUUCUAAGUAGUAAUCAAAAACAAAACAAAAUUAUUCACACGACACGACCGUUUUAGACAGAAACAAAGCCGUUGAGUCGUUUACUUCUUCACACGACACCGUUUUAAACAUAAACAAAAAAACAACAUGACGUUCUUGUCUGAAACACUUAAACGACGCGAUUGGUAACAGUAGAGAAGGCCUUACCUUUCUCCAAUUCUCAAAAACCUCUAAACACUCUUCGUCUAAGCUUUUAAAAUCAAUGGCUUCCACUUCUACAUUUCUUCUUCAAUCUCUCUCUUCUACUAAUCUUCACAUCACAGUCCCUAUAAGAACCUAUAGCUUCGGUCUUCGAACAACAAAAUUCUCAACGAAAUGUUCAUCAAAACCAGAGCCAAAGGAUCAAUUCAUCAAUCUCACACCAGCACCUGAAUCAAUCAACACAACAAGCGCAGAGAAAUUCCCAAUAGAGAAACGAAGAAGAUCAGAGAUCAUACGAGACAGAACACAAAGAGGAAUCGAGAAACAAGAGCCACCAAAUUUCGAAAUCGGUUGGAAAAGAACAAAAGAGAUAAACUUGGAGAAACCUAAAGGUUAUGUAAUAAUGGAUUUCUUAGAGAAGUUCGAAGCUUUAAUGGCGAGAGAGUUUGGAUCAAAGGAGCUUUUAGCUAAAGCUGGUGAGAUAGUUGCUGAAAGAGCUAGAGAAGAAGCUGAGGUUUUGAGAGAUGAAGGUAAAGUUGAAGAGAGAAUGGUCACUGAGCUUUUUAGGGUUUUGAAGUUGAUGGAGAUGGAUUUAGCUAUGGUUAAAGCUUCUGUUAAAGAUGAAACUUUGAGUCAGAGGAUUGAACAAGCUAGAGCUAGGUGUAGACAAGCUAUUCUUGUUGCUAAUUCUUUCUAAUUCCUUCUUCUUCUACCUGCAAAUUGAGUCAAAAGUCUAUGAAUUUGUUUAUAGUUUUACACAAAACAGAGCUUCAACAUCUGUAAAAGAUCUUAUUUUUUGGUUCUGUAAUCAUCUCUGGAUCAUUCAUCUGUUACUUCAAUGGUAGAAGAAGGAUUAAAGAUGAGGGAAUGUGAAGAAUCAAAACAAAGAUUCAUGCUUUUGGUAUUG